UGCUAUCUCAUCUGUGGUACAGGCAGUGGGCACCUCGUCCACAAGCAUAGAAUCAUCAUCGACAGAUCAUCCUCCGGGACCUCCAUUCCACACGGCUACACCCUACACCAUUCCAAACCAUCCUGGAGACAGAGCUACUUCUUCGCCAUUAACUUCUGCUCUCGAUUUUCUAAAACGAAAUAGAAAACCCAAUUUUGCUGUAGUAUCUGUUAUCGAAUUCUCUAAAAUUCUAGUACAGCAGAAAUAGAUUCUAAGAAAUGGGCACAACCCUGUUUAUGAACUGCUGGUUUUCCUUGGGGAGUCGCAACCAGGCUUACCAAUUUCUACAAUCUAGACAGAUUCUGUCUCACCAUGUUUCUGUUCAAUCUUCACUAGAGAAAAGGUGCUCAACAACAAAAGCUACCAGAGGUUCAAGAGAAAAUGGCUUUGAUGAUGAUGAUACUGAUAAACUGUCCAGGUUUCUGACAAGAAGGUGGGCUAUGGUUUCUGGGGUCUCAUUGGUUUCGGCUGCAGUUUUGGGUUUUCCAAGAGAGGGGUUAGCAGUGGUGAAACAGAACCUUCUUGCUGGAAGGAUCCCUGGAUUAUCUGAGCCUGAUGAACAAGGUUGGAGGACAUAUCGCAGACCAGAUGAAAAGUCUGGAGGGCAUGGUGUCGGAUGGAGUCCAAUAAUCCCAUAUGCAUUUUCGGUCCCAAAAGACUGGGAAGAGGUUCCUGUUUCAAUUGCAGAUCUUGGUGGCACGGAAAUUGAUUUGAGAUUUGCUAGCACUCAGGAAGGGCGCUUGUUCGUCAUUGUUGCACCUGUUCUCAGAUUUGCAGACCUUGGUGGAGAUGCUACAAUUGAACAAAUUGGCCCACCUGAAAAAGUGAUCAAUGCAUUUGGACCAGAAGUGAUCGGGGAAAAUGUUGAAGGCAAAGUUUUAACUAUGGAAGUAGCAGAACACUCCGGGAGGACAUACUACCAAUAUGAGUUGGAGCCACCUCAUGCUCUCAUCACUGCAACUGCCGCCGGCAAUCGGCUGUACUUGUUCAGUGUGACUGCCAAUGGUCUUCAGUGGAAGAGGCAUUAUAAGGAUUUGAAACGGAUUGCUGAAUCCUUCCGUGUUGUCUAAACUCAUGAGUGGAAAUUAUAAAAAUUCUUUGUAGAAAAAUAUGGUGUAUGAAAUACUUGUUUCUUUCCAUACUGAAAAAUUUACAGAAUUUGAUACACAGAAUGAAUUUACAGGUGUACAAGAACAUCUUUUUGAAGUUCUUGCUGGGUCAGCCAGCCCUUCAGAAGAAGCUCACAUGAAGAAUUGACAAAUAAUUGAAGCAGCAUUGUAAGAAAAUGAUGAAGGAUCCUCUCUUAGU